AAUUAGGAGAUUAGGCAACCAUUUUUGGAGGUGGAUCCACGUGUUCUAUUAAACCAGCUCAUCUCCUACACAGUUAUAAGCAGGUAAUAUUCUCAUUUAUGUAUAUAGUUCAACAUCAGCAAGAUGACAACAGAAGAAAAGCCAACCAUCCUUCUCAUCCAUGGAUCAUGGCACACCCCACUACAUUAUCGUCACCUAAUCGAUGCGCUCCGAGCCCGGGGACAUCCCGUUCUAGCACCUGUUCUGCCCACGACAGGACACGAUGACUCCAUAGAUGGCAAAACAUUCCUCGAUGCUGCUUCCCAGGUUCGGGGGCUUUUGGUCCCGUAUCUGGAUCAGGACCGCAAAGUAGUCAUAGUCGCACACAGCUUCGGUGGAAUUGUUACUGCGCACAUUGUGGCGGGCCUGUCGUUGGAGGAGCGCUCGGCUCAGGGGUUGAAAGGCGGCGUUACGAGUAUUGUAUACAUUGCGGCACAGCUUUCACCAGAGAACCUACGCUUCAAACCCGGCAACGCACCACCGUUCUUCGAAUGGAUAGAUCAAAACAAGCAUUCCUUACCUGCUGAUUUCGCCCGUUCAAUACUCUACAAUGAUGUAGAGGAGCCAUGGCUGGACGAGGCUCUGCGUCUGCUAGUCUGGCAAAGUUUAGCUAGCUGCGACCCUGACAAUACGUACUCAGCCUCUGAGAUCCGGGUCCCUAAAACGUACAUCGUGUGUACAAACGACAAAAUCGUGGAGCUAGAGUCACAACAUAAGCUGGCUGAAAUAGCAGGCGCAACUGUGGUGGAGCUGGAGUCUGGUCACAGCCCCUUUCUUGUUAAAAAGGCGAUAGAGCCACUAGUUGACAUCAUUACCAAAGGCAGCCAGUAACGAUCCUUACUGAUGAUAUACGUAUCAAUCUAGAGGGUUUACACAAUAAUAACUACUUGUGACUUCCUCUGAGCCUUUAACUGCUUAACACAUAUAUAUUCUUCAUUG